AUGAUUAAACCUUCCAAUGAUUAUAUUGAAUUUUCUAAUAUUCAGAAAACACAGAAACAUAGAUUUGUAUGUUACGCCGAUUUUGAAUCUGUUAUCUAUAAAAUUGAUUCUGUUAACAAUUCUCCUAACAAAUCAUGGAGUGAGAACGUCGGUAAACAUAAGGCCUCUGCAUUCUGUGUGAUUGUUGUGGAUUCUUUCACUCAGAGUAUUUACGAAAUGAAGAGCUAUGUUGGAUAUAAUACUAUUUUAAAAUUCAAUGAGUAUAUCUUAGAUGUAUGUGCAAGACUAUUGAAUAAAGGUGAUGAGAAAAUGAAAAAUUUAACCAAUGAAGAGUUAGAAUGUUAUAAUAACUGUAAUUCAUGUCCUCAGUGUGAGAAUGUGUUUGAUGGGGAUAAAGUUAGAGAUCACGAUCAUUGGACUGGAUUAUACAGAGGGCCUCUAUGUAAUGCAUGUAACCUAUUGAAAUGUAGAAAUAAUUUUAUACCAGUGUUUUUCCAUAAUCUUAAAGGCUAUGACUCACAUCAUAUAAUUAGUGAUGAGGAAUCAAGCAAACUAUUGAAGAAAAAAGGUGUUGAAAUUAAAAGCAUCUCAGCAAAUAUAGAAAAGUUUAUUAGUUUCAGUUAUAUAUACAAAAAUCCUAAACGAUGUGAAAUAAGAUUUUUAGAUAGUUUUGGUUUUAUGCCUUCCAGUCUGGACUAUCUCAGCAGUAACCUACAAGAUGAAGAAUGUGUGAUUACUAAUAAGUAUUACAAGAAUGAAAAGAUGUUUAAUCUAUUAAGACGCAAAGGUGUGUAUCCAUAUGAUUUUAUGGAUUCCUUCAAAAAGUAUUCUAACGAAGAACUUCCUCCAAUUGAAAACUUCUACAAUGCUCUAUCUGGUGAAAAUAUUAGUGAAGAGAGUUAUAAAUAUGCUCAGAAAGUAUGGAAGGAAACAAAUUGUAAAAAUUUAGAAGACUACACUAGAAUUUAUAUGAUUAAUGAUGUGCUACUAUUAGCUGAUGUUUUUGAAACUUUCAGAAAUGUGUCUCUCAAAGAAUAUAAGUUAGAUCCAUGUUGGUACUAUACAUCUCCCGGAUUAGCUUGGGAUGCUAUGUUAAAGAAAACUGGAGUUAAGCUACAGACAAUCAAGGAUAUUGAAAUGUAUAAUUUUAUUGAAAAAGGUAUUCGAGGAGGUAUGUGUAAUACCAUGCUAAGAUAUUCGAAAGCUAAUAACAAGUAUAUGUCAAAUUAUAAUCCCGAAGAGGAAUCAAAAUACUUAUUAUAUCUAGAUGCAAAUAAUUUAUAUGGAUGGGCAAUGAGUCAGAAAUUACCAUAUGAUGAAUUCGAAUUCGUUGAAGACUUUACCUUAGAAAUGAUAGAUGAUCUUGUUUCAAAAGAAAAAGGUUGCAUACUAGAAGUAGAUUUAGAUUAUCCAGAAGAAUUACAUGAUAAACAUAAUGAUUUACCUUUCUGUCCAGAGAAUAAACGAGUUGGAUCUACCAAUAAACUAAUAAAUGAUUUCAGUCCAAAGAGAAAUUAUGUAAUACAUUAUAAAGCCCUUUUGCAAGUUUUAGAUCAUGGAUUAAUUUUGAAGAAAAUUCAUAGAGUUAUUACUUUUAAAGAAAGCAAUUGGCUAGCCUCUUAUAUAGAAUUGAAUACAAACUUGAGAAAAAAUGCUAAGAAUGAUUUUGAGAAAGACUUUUUCAAGCUCAUGAACAAUUCUGUCUUUGGUAAAACUAUGGAGAACGUUAGAAAUAGAGUGGAUGUUAAAGUGGUGUCAGAUAUGAAUAAAAUAUUUUAUUAUUUCUUCAGGAGGGUCCAAACCAAACGAAUCAAAAUAAUAAUAUUCACUUUUAUUUACUUUAUAACAGACCCAAUGAGUACCUUUAUUAUCUGA